AUGGCGAGCGAAGAAGACAAAGCCCUGGAAAAUCUACUCGACAUUCAGCUAAAAGAACAGAGAGAAUCUCUUUCCGCCAUUGACGAAGCUCUAGCCUCUGACCCAUCUGAUCCCGAGCUCCUUUCGCUCCAUGAAGAACUUUCCGGAGCAAUCAAGGAAGCAGAGGAAGGUCUUAUGCACUUAAAACGCGCUCGGUUAUUGCAAGAAGCUGAUAUAGUGCUUAAUGGUUUGAGUCAUGCUGCUGGAGUCGAAUCUGAGCAUCAAGAUCCUCUUGCAAAUGAAUUUGAGCUAGAAAAGAGUGAAGAGAACAAGGAUUUGGAUGGAUCGAGAUGCAGAUUUCGACAUACUGAUGGUCGUCGGUAUAAUGGUCGCGUUAUUGGGGUCGAAGGCUCUGAUUCUGCAAAGAUCACUUUCCUUUCACCUACUUCUGAGAAUAUGAUGAUGUGCAAGUUCUUCAUGCAGCAGAGGUGUCGAUUUGGCAGCUCCUGUCGUUUAUCGCAUGGACUAGAUGUGCCGUUAUCGUCUUUGAAGAGCUAUGACGAGACUGAGUGGAAUCAAUCAAUGGUAGGAUCCAAGAUUUGGGCAGUUUCUGGCAGUAAAUACGACAUAUGGAGAAAAGCUGAGCUUGAAUCAUGGGAUGAUGAGCUACAAGUAGGCAGAGUUGUUUUCAGAGAUGAUGGAAGCUCUGCGAAGCUAGGAUCUGAUGCUAUGGUAUUAUCAGAGUACGCUCAGAUGACUGAUGAUGACGGAGAAGAAGAGGAUGAAGAUGAAGAAGAGAGUGCUUCCGGUUCUGAAGAAUCUGUUUCAAGUGAUUAUGAUGAAGAGCUUCCACAAGGCAUAGGUGUUUUAGAAAGCGCAAACCAACGGAGAGGUGUCCAGACUGAAACCGCCAUAUUUGCUAAGUGGGAGAAUCACACCAGAGGAAUAGCGUCUAAGAUGAUGGCGAGUAUGGGUUACCGUGAAGGGAUGGGACUUGGCGUCUCUGGCCAAGGGAUAUUAAACCCCAUCUUAGUGAAAGUACUUCCACCGAAGCGGUCACUGGACCACGCUCUUGAGCUUAUCAAGAACGGAGAAGAUAAAAGCGAGAAACCAAAGAAGAAAAGGAGCAGAGGUGGGAAGAGGAAGCGUGGGAAGAAGUUUGCAGAAGCAGCUAGAGCAGCAAAGCAAGAAGAGGAAUCGAAGCCAGAUUUGUUUAGCCUAAUCAACAACCAAAUCUUUCCUAAGCAACAUGAGAAAGGAAACGGCAGAGAGUCUGGAAAGAAGAAGCUAAACAUAGGUCCAGUAGACAGAAAGUCUCUGGUUGCUUACGAAGACGAAGUGAAGGAAUUGAAGUCACAAGCGAUGAAGCUAGAAGAGAUGGUGAACAGAAACAAGAAAGAUAAAAUCGUCUCCGAGGCUGCGACGAAAAGACUGAACGAAGUACGAAAGGCAUUGGCUUGUACAUUAGCAGCUCAGUCAUCUGCCUCCAAUGCUGUAGAAAGCAAAGAGAAAAUGAAGAAAUGGCUCAAGUUUUAG